AUGGAAGAUCUUAGGCUAUCACCAUUGAGACAAGGUAGCCUUAAGCCUUCACUAUCAGGGAAGUCUACUCCAAGGGGUUCACCUACGUUUAGGAGAGUGAGGACUCCGCGUAGAGAUGGCAAAGGCAGUGUGGGCGCUGUUCAGUGGUUCAGAAGUAACCGGAUGCUUUAUUGGCUACUUUUGAUCACUCUCUGGACGUAUCUUGGGUUCUAUGUUCAGUCCAGAUGGGCUCAUGAUGAUGAUAGCAAAGUUGAGUUCUUGCGGUUUGGAGGCAAACUGAGAGAAGAUGGUUUGCUUGUGGAGCAGAAUAAACGAGUGGUGGAUUCGGUUGCCAAUGAGAAUUCUCAUUCUGUAGUAGAUAAUACCAAUAUAGUCAAGAUAGGUGUAAAUAAGAGGAUGCAUGUAAGUCUGGCCAAGAAAGAGGAUGGCACAUCUCGACGAAGCUUGAGUUCCAGGAGGAGGACGAGAAAAGCUGGUCGAAGAAAGCGGAAUGUGAGAAAAGUGGUGGAGGCUAAGGACUUGGAGGAGCAAGAUUCAGAACUUGCAAAGACAAAUGUUACCUAUGGUAAGCUUUUUGGUCCGUUUGGAUCACUGGAGGAUAGAAUUCUUGAAUGGAGUCCACAGAAGCGAUCAGGGACCUGUGACAGGAAAUCAGACUUUAAACGCCUUGUUUGGUCAAGGAGAUUCGUCCUGCUUUUCCAUGAGCUGUCAAUGACCGGUGCUCCAAUUUCAAUGAUGGAGCUGGCUUCCGAGCUUUUGAGCUGCGGUGCAACAGUUUAUGCGGUGGUUCUUAGCAGAAGGGGUGGGUUGUUGCAAGAGCUCACAAGGAGAAGGAUCAAAGUGGUUGAAGACAAAGGAGAACUCAGCUUCAAAACUGCCAUGAAAGCAGAUCUUGUCAUUGCAGGAUCAGCAGUUUGUGCUUCUUGGAUAGAUCAAUACAUGGACCACUUUCCAGCUGGUGGAAGUCAAAUCGCUUGGUGGGUGAUGGAGAACCGGAGAGAGUACUUUGAUCGAGCAAAACCUGUGCUUGAACGAGUGAAGCUGCUAAUAUUUUUAUCUGAAGAACAGAGUAAACAGUGGUUAACAUGGUGUGAAGAGGAUCAUGUAAAGCUUAGGUCUCAGCCGGUUAUUGUUCCCCUCUCUGUUAAUGAUGAGUUGGCUUUUGCUGCUGGGAUUUCCUCUUCAUUAAAUACUCCAACGCUAACCCAGGAGAUGAUGAAGGAGAAGAGGCAAAAACUACGUGAAUCAGUCAGAGCGGAGUUUGGUUUGGCAGAUAAGGAUAUGCUUGUGAUGUCUCUUAGCAGCAUAAACCCAGGAAAGGGACAACUUCUUCUCCUUGAGUCUGCGGCCUUGGCACUAGAGAGAGAACAAGAACAGGAACAAGCAGCUAAAAGUAAUCCGUCCAACAUCAAGAAUCUCAAUGGCAUGAGGAAAGAAAAGAUUAGUCUUUCAGUCAAGCAUCGUCUAAGAGGUUCAUCACGGAAGAUGAAAAUCGUCUCUCCUGCUAUCGACAAUCCAUCGGUUCUCUCUGCUACCGGUAAAAGAAAGCUGUUGUUGUCUGGCAACUUAACACAGAAACAAGACCUGAAACUUCUUCUCGGAUCAGUUGGGUCCAAGAGCAACAAAGUUGCAUACGUUAAGGAAAUGUUGAGCUUCAUGUCAAGCAAAGGAAACUUAUCCAACUCGGUUCUGUGGACUCCAGCGACCACUCGUGUUGCCUCGUUAUACUCUGCAGCAGAUGUCUACGUUACAAACUCACAGGGAAUUGGUGAAACAUUCGGGAGAGUGACUAUCGAAGCAAUGGCUUAUGGUCUUCCGGUUCUUGGAACGGACGCAGGAGGAACAAGAGAGAUAGUGGAGCAGAAUGUUACAGGGCUACUUCACCCUGUGGGGAGGCCAGGUAACAAAGUUUUAGCUCAGAAUAUCUUGUUUCUUCUUAGAAACCCAUCCACAAGGCUACAGCUAGGUAGCAGAGGACGUGAAAAGGUUGAGAAGAUGUACAUGAAGCAGCACAUGUACAAGAGAUUUGUGGACGUUCUAGUCAAAUGCAUGAGACCCUAA